AUGUGUCCGCCAUGCAUGUGGUGUGUGACUGUCUUCGAGAGUCCUCGGACUCGUUCAUGUGUCUGUUGCUUGAGGUUGUUCAUGGACGUCGACGGACUGAAUAAGAUCUCCGUCCAGGUGUUGAUCUCGCAACAGGAUGCGAUCGGACUUGCCCUUCGCCCCUCUUUCUUCCUUCCUUUUUCUUCUUCUUUUCUUCUUUUUGUCCUUAAUAGUGUUGGAUACGGCGUUCUGAUGCGGUUUCAGGGAGUGCCUAGCCUUGUUGAAUUGAUUACUGCCUGUCUGGGAUGGUAUUGGAUAUGGAUGUUUUGA